GUAAACGUGAAAAUUUUGUCUUUUUGGCCUCUGGACCGAUUAUUUAUAUUUUUUGGGAAAAUAAUAUUUUUGAAUUUUGAUUAUUUCAUCAAAAUCCCUAGAUUUUGUCAGUGAAAAUCAAAAGUUCCUAAAAUGUGACAGGAAAUGUCACAGUAUUCCCGCCGAAUGAAGUAACCACGAACUUUACAAGAGUGCAUUUUCACAAAAACAUUAAUAUGCUUGGUAUGAAUCAAUUUGAUAUCAGUAACAAUGGAGGUUUCGUAAAUGAUGAUAAUAAAGGGUCUACUGCAAAGAAAAAACAGCAAGUCAGACGCGUUCAAAAUGUUGUUCCUUUAUUCAUAUCUCACAUACUUGAUUGCACUGAUGAGGAAUUCAAUUUAUGUGGAAUGCCGGUCCAAAUCGCCAGUGUCGUGGGCGUUUUAAGAAACUUUGAGGUCCAGACCACCAAAGCCACCUGCAUCAUUGAGGACAACAGUGCCUCGAUUAAAGCUAUUAUGUGGUUAGAGGUCGAUAAUGAGAGCGUAACACCGGCUCUUCCCCCUGUCAAAGAGAAUUGUUAUGUUCGCGUUUUUGGAUCAAUCCGCAACCAAGAUGAUGAAAAGAUUCUCAUGAUUCUAAAGAUGCUACCUGUUGAUGAUUUAAACCUCAUAACAAAUCAUCUUUUGGAAAUCGUUCAAACGAAAUUAUACGCCGAAAGACUGGCAGAAGGUCGACUUCCCACCAGUGAUGUAUCCAUGGCGUCUACUUCAACAACUACAGAUAAUUCAGAGGGACUUAAGCCAAUACAAGUCAGAAUUAUUAACUUGUUGAAACCUAUCAAAACUAAAAGUGGAUUGAGCAGGAGCGAAAUUUUGCAACAUUUUGGACCACAAGCGAGGGAGGCUGAGGUUGCUUUGGAUUUCUUACUGGAUGAGGGACACGUGUAUACCACUGUUGAUACCGAUCAUUAUAAGGCCACAGAUGCCGAUUAAAUUUUUAUUUCAUUUACUUUUUUUAUAAACCCCAAAUACAUUUAAUUUGAAAUUUUUUAUGGACGCUAAAUCCAUGUAUCAUUUACUUUUACAGUCGAAUAAAAUUGUUAUCUGGAAA